GAGGGAGCGAUAAAUAGCGGCUUGAGAUUAGGUUUUAUCAAUUCUCUCUCUCAUUUCUUAGCUCCCCACUUUCACUACUCUAUCGUUCUUUCCUGUAUUGCGGCUAGGGUUUCUGGCUGCCUCAUUUCUAAAAGAAAAACCCUAAAACAAGGUCUCGGUGAUUGUCUGCUACGGAUCUGUAUCGAUGGAGUUGAUGAACAACUAGGGUUUUGCGGUUCCUAUCGCAGUUUCAGUCUCUGUGAGUUGGGGUUGUUCUCCGUCGGGACAUAAUGGCAACCGCUAACCCUUUUGACUUGUUGGGAGAUGAUGACAACGACGACCCGUCGCUGCUGAUCGCUGCCCAGCAGCAGAAGGUGGCCGCGAAAAAAGCCCUAGCUCCGACGCAAGCCGCCGCCCCCCAGCAGGCCAAGCAGGCUAAGCUGCCCACCAAGCCCCUCCCACCAACUCAGGCUGUAAGGGAGUCUAAGAACGAAUCUUCUCGCGGAGGCCGGGGUGGUGGACGUGGCCGAGGUGGUGGUCGUGGAUUCAAUAGAGACUCCAAUAAUGAGAAUGCAUUUAAUAAUAAUGGAGUCUCUGGUGGAUAUGGUGCUCCCGAAGAUGGAGAUACUGCAAAAUCCUCAGAAAGGCGUGCCUACGGUGGACCACGGGGUCCUUACCGCGGUGGUCGGCGAGGUGGAUUCAGUAAUGGAGAAGAGGGUGAGGGGGAGCGCCCUAGGAGGGUAUUUGAACGUCGUAGUGGGACUGGACGCGGAAAUGAGAUUAAACGUGAAGGAGCUGGUCGUGGGAAUUGGGGAAGGCAAGCUGAUGAACUUGUUCAGGAGACUGAGGAGCUUUCAAUUGAGAAGACUGCAAUAACUGAGAAGCCAGUGGGAGAGGAAGAAGCUGGUGAUGCCAACAAGGAGAAUCCCACAAAUGAACCAGAAGAGAAGGAGCCUGAAGAUAAGGAGAUGACACUUGAUGAAUACGAGAAGGUACUGGAAGAGAAGCGCAAGGCUUUGCAAGCACUGAAGACUGAGGAGCGAAAGGUUAAUCUCGACAAAGACUUUGAAUCCAUGCAGCAACUUGCAAACAAAAAAGGAAAUGAUGAUGUCUUCAUUAAAUUGGGCUCGGAUAAGGACAAAAGGAAGGAUAAUACUGACAAAGAGGAGAGAGCCAAAAAGUCUGUGAGCAUAAAUGAAUUCCUUAAGCCCUCAGAAGGGGAGAAGUACUAUAAUCCUGGAGGCCGAGGCCGCGGCCGUGGUGGACGAGGGUCUAAAGGUGGAUUUGGUGGAGGCAACAUGACGAGCAAUGAGGUGGCUCCUUCAAUUGGAGAUCCCGGGCAAUUCCCAACCUUAGGCGGAAAGUGAGAUUUUAUUCUCUUCAUUCCAUUCAGUCUCUAUCUGCCUUUGUUUUGGGGUCUUCUGUUUUGAUCUACGAGGAGUUGGUGAGUGACACAGUAUAACAGGAAUAACGAGUUUUUGCUGUACGAAAAGAUUCCUUGAACGUUUUUUUAAUUGUAUAUUUUAGGUGUUUUAACGAGUUCAUUUACUGUGUUAUCUACUUUUCUUCAUAUGAUGAUUUGGAAUUCUUGAUGCC